AUGGCUGCACCACGUCUUGCUUUGAUUUCCAAGAAGAUUAUUAAACCAUCAUCUCCAACCCCAUUGUCUCAUAGAAUUCAAAAGCUUUCCCUAUUUGAUCAACUUAAUCCAUGUUCUUACAUGUCAUUAGCCCUGUUCUACCCAAAGCAAUGCAAUAGUACUCUCCCAUUUGAACCUAGUCAUAUAUCUACGCUUCUUGAGAAUUCCCUCUCAAGAGCUCUAACUUCAUACUAUCCAUUGGCUGGAACAAUCAGAGACGGUCUCCACGUCGAAUGCAACGAUGUGGGGGCUGAGUUUCUUGAAGCUCAAAUAGAUUGUCCAAUGUCAGAAAUUUUUAAACACGGUAGUGCUGAGGCUGAAGAUUUAGUAUUCCCAGCGGGUGUACCAUGGACCCCAUCCAAAGAAAAUUUAGUCGUGGCUCAACUUAACCGUUUCAAAUGUGGAGGAAUAGCAAUCAGUGCGUGUGUCUCGCACAAGAUUGUUGAUGGUUCAAGUAUGGGAGAUUUUAUAACUCACUGGUCAGCCAUGGCGCGGAAUCCAUGUUCCCCAGUACCUUCUUUCCAAUUCGUUGGAGGAUCCAUUUUUCCUCCCACAAGUGGUCAUAUAGCUGAGGCAAUACUUAAUAGUAAAACAAGAGGAAACCAUCAUUGCAUAACGAGAAAAUACCUCUUCUCGCGGUCCAAAAUAAAUUCCCUCAAGGCUAUGAUUGCUACUGAAUUAAGAACACAAAGUAGUAAUAAUAUUGAUCCUACUUCUGUGGAAGCUGCAAGUUCAUUUGUCUACAAGUGCAUAGCUUCCAAUUCGCCUAGGCCAUCUGUAUUUACGCAAUCAGUGAAUUUACGACCUGUUAUGAAAAAAAUGUUGCCACAAGAGUUCCAAGGUAAUGCCAGUUUCCUCUUCAUGGCACCACAGAUUGAGGACCCCAAAGAGAUCAAAUUGCACAGAUUGAUUAGUGAAUUGAGGAAGGAAAAAGAGAUGUAUUUCAGCCAAGACUGGAGGGAACCUAAAGAUUUAGUCUCAGCAAUGUUUGAGAAAGUUAUGUCGCUUCAGAAUCAACUUGAAAGGGACGACGAGGAUGUUGAUGUGUACAAGUGUACAAGCUUGAGUAAAUUCCGUUUUUGUGACAUGGAUUAUGGAUGGGGGAGUCCUAGAAGAGUGUGUUUGGGAAGUGUACCAAUUAAUAAGAAAAUUAUGUUGAUGGACAACCAAAAUGGGGAUGGAUUAGAAGUACUGGUGAGUUUGAAAGAAGAAGACAUGUCUGCAUUGGAAACUAAUUCAGAGUUGCUACAAUUUGCUUCUCCAAGUUUAGGUCUUUAAUUCAUGUCUAUAUGAAUUUAAUUUCCAUGGUUUGCAAUUACUACUAGUUU